ACCAGUACGGUGCACCGGCAAUCCAUCUUUCUGCAUUUUCCAUAGCAUUUAAGUUCUAACGUUGGUGAAAAUUCAAAGAUCAAGUUACCGGUUAAUCGCGUGACUGCAGCAGCAAUGUACCCAUCCGAAAUUCGAAAGUCAGCUUUCCUACUUGUUUCGAUUGUUGCUGUCAUCAGCUGUAUAACGGCAUCCACCGUGGAUGUCGCCUUGGUACAGUUUUAUCUUUGGGGCGAUAAGACACCGACGAGUGUACAGUUUGUUGGACCCGUGAGGGCGAAGGCCGUGGAAGACUUGGCACCGUACAAGGAUGUUUUGAAUAUCACAACCGUCUUCGUCUACGAACGCAACGUGACGACGUGCGACGCGAUGGAUGAACGAGUAACAUACUGGUUUGCGAGCUAUUAUUAUCGGUUCAGGAUGGGAAAUCCUAUUAUGAGUCUUUGGUCCUGGGUGCCCAACAGCAGCAGCAUCUGUGGCUCAACUGGCGGAAGUAAGACAUAA